AGAAAACCUGCUGCAGCAGAGAGAGAGGACAGGCGGAUAAUAAUCAUGUCACCCUCCUGGAAGCAGCUCCUCUUUCAGCUCCUCCUGCUUGUCGUCUCCUGCAGACACAUCAAUACAAAGACACCUGGUCCAACGCCAACGUCUCUGCCAGAGGAUCCCGUCAGUCCUCUCCCAGCAGAUGUGAGGAGUGUCGUCCUGAAAGGUACAAGUGAGACUGAGAAGGUUGUUGUGUUGAAUCCUGUCAGUCUGACGCUGGAGUGUACCUGGACUGGAAGUCACAACAAACCGCCAAACAUAACCGGUUACUGGAGCAAAGAUGGGAAUGAGAUGGAGAACAGUCGCCUCACAGUGCAGCUGGAGAACGAGCAGUAUAACCUCAUGAGAGAGUUCAGCAUUGCAAAUGAAGAAGACCUCGGAAAUUACUCAUGCAUAUUUGGAAAUGAAGCAAAAAUAGAUUUUAUCUUGGCAGCUCCACAGAUUGGUGAGGUGCGAGAUAAGCCGAUAGUCAGCUAUGUGGGCGAUUCUGUGGUGAUGCUGUGUAAAAUGGAGGAAAGCAAACCAAAGCCCAACACCUGGCACUGGUUUAAAGACAAUGGUACAGACAAGGAGCAGAUCGACGUCGCUGCAGAGCCUCUCCGGUAUGAAAUAAAGAACGACAAUGGGAAAACCAGGCUGGUGGUACACAACGUGACGGAGGCCGACUCCGGCUUGUAUUACUGCGGCGCUGUGUACGCCAUCACUACCACGUUUAGCCACGUGGAGCUGAAGAUCAUCACCUUUUACGAGCCCCUGAAGCCCUUCAUAUCCAUCCUAGUCGAGGUGAUCAUCUUGGUCGCCAUCAUCCUGCUCUACGAGAAGACUCAGUCAAAGAAGGAUGAACCUGCAGCAGGAAACAGCACGAAUGCCGACAGCACCAACACGCUGUCACAGGGAGAAAAUAGCGGACAGGAGGGAAAUUCAUCAAUGAGACAGCGCAAAGUCUGAAGACUGUGACACACUCUGCUUAUAUCCAAAUGUGAACGAUUGAGCUUUAAAGCAAUAUUUCAUUUAUCUGAUCAAUAAUAAUAAUGAAGUGCAAUAAUCACAACUGAU